AUGAGAUUUAACGCAGUAAGCCGCUUUGGUUGCAGCGCGUUGCGUAAUGCCUGCAGACCGUUCGUCUCUGGUGGAAGAUUCCACACCAAAAAUGCGCUAAACGGAUAUAAUUCUGGAUCCAGCGUAUUAUAUAGACCAUUUUUGUUGAAUGAUUUCAGGUUGAUGUCGACAAAACAGGAGAAGACUGACGAAACUGAGGAGAAGGUUAAUCAAGAGGUCGAGGAAGAGGAAGAAACCCAGGAAGAAGUCCCAGAAAAGAGCGAAUUGGAAGUUUUACACGAAGAAAAUGUGGAGCUAAAAGAGAAACUUACAACUCUAGAGAAGAAGCUAAAGGAACUAGAACUAAAGUAUAAAAUGUCCCUAGAGAACUGUGACCAUCUAUGCACCGUAUACAAAAAGGAAGUCGAGAAUACCAAGGUUUAUGCCAUCACGGAAUUCGCCAAGAACCUGUUAGAGGUGGCAGACACAUUCGAGCUGGCAUUCAAGAGCAUCCAGCUUGGUCCGGAUGCUGAAGCCACAGACACUCUAGACCCAAAGCAUGCUGAGUUUGUGAAUGGAAUCAAAAUGACUGAAACCAUCCUUCACAAUGUCUUUGAAAAGUUUGGUGUCAAGAGAUAUGAAAGUCUGAAGGAGACCUUCAACCCUCAAGUUCACGAGGCAAUGUUUGAAGUUCAAGACGGCAGCUCAAGCAACACUGUCGUCCAAGUUGUACAGAAUGGAUAUACCAUAAAUAACAGGAUACUACGCCCUGCAAAGGUUGGAGUUUCCAAAAGAACAUAA